GCAUGGGCGACGCAGCAGUCCAAAAGCCUCAUAUCCUCGUCGUAAUCCACCGAGCAUUUCCUGGGUUUAUGACUGGGGAAAUUCGGAACGAAUUCCCGGAUGCUGAAGUUCGUUUUGUGACACCCCAGGUUGGGGAUCGGCUUCCUGCUGAUAUUGUGAAACAAUCCACGAUCAUUGUUACCGGACGCAGCCUUCCUAAUCCUGAAGAUGCCAAGCAUAUCAAGUUUAUACACUUCUUCUCUGCUGGGCUAGACAAGGUUAUCCACGAUCCGGUGCUCACUGAUUCCGAGAUUCCGGUAACAACAAGCUCGGGAAUCCACGGCCCCCCCAUCGCGGAAUGGACGGUGAUGAACUGGCUCGUCGCAUCGCGCGAAUACAGUAUCACAUACGAAAAUCAGAAGAAACACAUCUGGGGCUCAGUUGAUCUGUACUCGCACGGGAUCCAGGAUCAUGUUGGGAAGAAAGUUGGUAUCCUUGGCUAUGGAAGCAUUGGACGACAAAUUGCCCGGGUCGCCGUAUCUCUAGGCCUCAGCGUCUACGCAUACACAGCCUCCCCAAAACCAACUCCCGAAUCCCGCCGCGACCGGCACUACAUCAUCCCGGGCACCGGCGAUGCCGACGGCACGCUCCCAGUAUCCUGGCACCAUGGCACUUCUAAAGCCUCUCUGCACGAGUUUCUCUCAUUGGGUCUCGACCACAUCGUCGUCUCCCUCCCGCUCACGCCAUCAACAACACACCUCCUCGGUGCGCAAGAAUUUGCCAUCCUUGCGGCAAAUAAGAACCCUAAGCACCGCAACCCGUACCUGACCAAUAUCUCGCGCGGGAAGGUCAUUGACCAGGACGCUUUGAUUGCGUCUCUGAAGUCAGGCGAACUCAGUGGUGCCGCGCUGGAUGUUACCGAUCCUGAACCUCUGCCGGAAGACCAUGAGUUGUGGGAUACACCGAAUGUGCAGAUUAGCCCGCAUGUCAGCUCCCUUGGGCAAGAGUAUUUCGUGCGUUCGUUUGAUAUUGUCAGGGAGAAUCUCGAAAGGGUGAAAGAUGGGCUCCCUUUGAUCAAUGAAUAUAAACGGGGUAGAGGGUAUUGA